AUCAAUAAACAAAUUUGCUAUAGAAAUCAUACUAGGUAAUAUUUCUGUAAGGAUACGUGUUCAUGUUCUGUUCGUUUUAAAUAAAUUGAAGAAAAUGGAAAACGACGGAGCAAAAAAGAGAAUACAAAAGGAAUUUCCGAAACAGAAAAAUGAAAAGGAUGUUGCGUUUGCCGAAUACAUGGAAAAACUCCGAAACUGGCAAUAUAACUGCCAGAUGCAACAGUGGUUUUGGAUGCAUAAUAUGAUGAUGCAAAACAUGACCAUGCACCAACAAUACUUAAAACAAAUGACAAACGGAAAUGCUGCUCAUAUUACUAAUUCUAGUAACUUGACACAACCAACAGACCAGACACAAGCCAGGGUCCAAAGAUUUAUGAUUCCAUCUUUGUUCCGGAGGUUUGCUGCUGAGGUUUUUGACUUUCUCAUCCUACUUUCAAUCAAACUUUUAUUUCUUUGGUUGCUUAUGGCUUUCCUUGGAAUCAAUGCUUUCCAAAUCUCGUUCCAUCUCAUGUUAUUGGAUGAAGUGGACAUGGAUCAACUUGAGGAGAUUUACACCGAAGAAUUACAAACAAUGCUUAUUGUUGCUUUCCUAUACAGAACAAUGUGUUGUCUAUAUGAGUUCUUCUUUAUUUGGAAAUACGGGGCAACUCCUGGUAAAUAUUUUCUGGGACUAAAAGUUAUCGCGCUUUUCAAUCAACCACAACUUGGCAAUCGUUCAGGUGUAACAACACUCGCUGGUGGACAUCUUACUGCUUCGAACUCAUGGACACGAACCUUUGUGAAGAAUCUUUCCAUAGCAUUCAUGAUUCCAACCUUCAUUACUGGUUUUUUCUACGCACAUAAGCGCACUUCAUAUGAUAUCAUGUCAAACACCAUCGUUGUGUUAAAACCUCAAGGACAAAUUCCUCAUUUUUAAUAAAUUUUGUUGAAUUUUAUUAAGAAUCUGGCCAAUGUGGUGUAUUUUAUUUCUCCCGUGUAAAAAUAUCAAGUGCAGAUAAAUACCCUAUAUUUGGAACUAACUACCAAUUCUACAGUUUUCUUAUAAAUGCUUAAAACUGUAGAUAAAUUUAUUAGGCCUGUUGCUAUAGACAGACCACUCAAUUUUGAAAAAAAUGAACUUUAUUACGACUGUGCAAAUACAAACUCCUGCCUGCUACACAAAUUGAUGUAGGUUUGUCAAAUUAUACAGUAAAGGUAAAUGUGGUGAAUUUUUUAACUGAGGUUGUCAGUAACAUUAUUUCCAUUUCGUAAUCGCUAUGAGAUUUCUACUGGAGAAAUAGACCAGUGUUGUGAUUUUGUCUGUGCGCCUUUAUCUUUAAAUAACUAACUUGAUCAGAUGUAUAAUUUACUUGUGUCUUUUCAAGAGAACACUUUUGAUCUGACCUGAUAGAAUGUCAGCCUAAUAGCUUUGCUCUUUAUCUUAAAUAUAUUGGUGAUUGUAAUAAAGCUUUUUGCGGAAUUUAUGUCUUUCCCAAGUACACUGCGCUUUAAUUUAAAAAUUUAUUAAAUUAAAA